AAUUACUGGUAUUUCAGUAUUCCUAUAAAAUUCCAAUUGGGCGACCAUGUCGUUUGGGUGCAUUACCAAAUUGAAUGUUAACAUCAACAAGUGCCAAACGCACAUCACGUAUGCCAACAAUUCAACGCGUUUUCUGAUCAACAACCCGUCCGGCUUCGUUUUUCGUAGCAUGGGCUCCACGGUCUGCCGCUGCUGCACGGAUUGCGCCAGCCAGGGCAUUGGCUUCCUUAAACGACAUUUCGGACGUGGCGGAAGCAUUCGGAAAACGCCUUCCCUAUGCGAUAUGCUUUUAUCUAUUGGACUUAACGACUAUGCGCAUUACGAACCAAACGCCGUCGAUCACAAACUCCAGUCCGAUCAGAUGGAUGACGGAGACCAUCAAGAGAGCGAUGAGCAGCAGGUGAAAAAGCUCUUCACCUGGCAUCUGGAGGAUGUGCCCGUGGUGAAGCCGCAGCGUGCUACCAAAAUUGUUAGGCGCAAGGGUCGAUUGCAAGUGUCCUGUCUCGCUUGGCAUUUGGACAGCUGCAAGUGGAGGAAUUUUAGUGCCAAGGACUAUGAGAUGCCCAAAUGCCAUUGCCUGAAGAUCAAAGACACUAUGGACUAUAUAGAUGAGGUAGUUAACGGCGCAAUGCCGACGCCGGAGCAGCAACAGUCGGUUAUGAAUUCAAAUGGCAAACUGAUUCCCGAAAUGAAUUCGAAUAUAAUUGGUAUUAAUGCGUUGUUGCAAAAGUUGAAUGAAUUGCUUGAGGAACAGAAUCGGGAGCAAGGCAAUGUGUAGAUGCAGAGGACUUGUAGAUCCAACCACAAUAGUAUAAACAAAUAUGCUGUGUGUUUUUGAGAUUGUAAUCUAUCAAUAGUUUAUUAAAACACCGUUUUUCAUAUCAUA